AUGGCGAUGGCCCGGGGCUCCUCGGGCGGCAGGCCCUCGUCCUCCUCCUCCGCGGCGGCGGCGGCGGCUCUCUUCGAGGAGGGCGACGGGGCGGAGGAGGAAAGCCAGAGCGCCCUGCACAGCCAACAGCGCGUCCUCAUCAACAUCUCCGGCCUGCGCUUCGAGACUCAACUCGGGACCCUCAACCAGUUCCCGGACACGCUGCUGGGCGACCCCGAGAAGCGGAUGCGCUACUUCGACCCCCUGCGCAACGAGUACUUCUUUGACCGCAACCGGCCCAGCUUCGACGGCAUCCUCUACUUCUACCAGUCCGGGGGCAAGCUUCGGCGGCCGGUCAACGUCUCCAUCGACGUCUUCGCCGACGAGAUCCGCUUCUACCAGCUGGGCGAGGAGGCCAUGGAGAGGUUCCGGGAGGACGAAGGCUUCAUCAAGGAGGAGGAGAAACCCUUGCCCGGCAACGAAUUCCAGCGCCAGGUCUGGCUCAUCUUCGAGUACCCCGAGAGCUCCAGCUCCGCUCGUGGCAUCGCCAUCGUCUCGGUGCUGGUCAUCCUCAUCUCCAUCAUCACCUUCUGCCUGGAGACUUUGCCCGAGUUCCGAGAUGAGCGGGAGCUCCACGUGCCGCUUCUCCCUUCGCAGAACGGCACCCCUCUAGAGAUCCCCCGCCAGCAGCGCCCCAGUGCCCUGACCGACCCCUUCUUCAUUAUUGAAACCACGUGCGUCAUCUGGUUCACCUUCGAGCUGCUGGUCCGCUUCUUUGCCUGCCCCAGCAAGCCUGAGUUCUCCAGGAACAUCAUGAACAUCAUUGACAUUGUCGCCAUCAUCCCUUACUUCAUCACCUUGGGCACAGAGCUGGCUCAAGAGCAGCAGGAGAAGGAGCAGCCGGGCAGCACCGGCAAUGGAGGGCAACAGCAAGCCAUGUCUUUAGCCAUCCUGAGGGUCAUCCGCCUGGUCCGGGUCUUCCGGAUCUUCAAGCUCUCCAGGCAUUCCAAGGGGCUGCAGAUCUUGGGGCAAACUUUGAAAGCUAGCAUGCGAGAACUAGGCCUUCUUAUCUUCUUCCUUUUCAUUGGGGUUAUUCUUUUCUCCAGCGCUGUGUACUUUGCUGAGGCUGAUGACCCUGAAUCACAUUUCUCCAGCAUCCCUGAUGCCUUCUGGUGGGCAGUGGUCACGAUGACCACAGUGGGUUAUGGAGAUAUGAGACCUGUCACCGUAGGGGGCAAGAUCGUGGGCUCCUUGUGUGCCAUCGCUGGUGUGCUCACCAUUGCUCUCCCUGUCCCUGUCAUUGUGUCCAACUUCAACUAUUUCUACCAUCGGGAGACUGACCACGAGGAGCAGUCUAUUCUCAAAGAUGAGUCUGGCAGUGUUGAUGGCAGCUCAGCUGGAGACCUGAAGAGACAAGGCAGUAAAAACUCAUUGGAUAAAUCUGUUGUGCACUUGGAGAACACUGAGGGGAUCGGCAAUGCGACCGGGUCUGUAGAGAAGGCCAAUAUCAAAGCUAAACACAGUGUAGAUCUUAGGAAAUCUCUCUAUGCACUCUGCUUAGAUACUAACAGGGAGACGGACUUGUAAAACCAUUGAAACAGAAAGAAAAUCAGAUGUGCUUGGUGGGUUUGUUGAGGACGAGUAAAUAGUGCUGCCAGUAUUUAUUUUUAAAUAUGGUAGCUAUUUCAAAGACACUUCCAAGACUAUAAAUUGGUGGUAGUAUUCUGUUUGUUUGUUUGUUUGUUUGAAUGUUUGUUCUCUUCCAUGACACUGAGAGUGUUACUUCUUUAAAAAAGCCAUCUUAAGCUGGGUACCUCCCAUUAUCUUGGAGUCUUUUUAGCUCAGCAAGUAAGGUAUCUGGCAGUAGAGCUAAAGGUUGGGAGUUUGAUUCCUCACUGUGCACCCUGGAAGAGUGUUUGUGUGGCCUCAUGUAAGCUGCACAGUCCCAGGAUGUCCCCAGUAGAAGGGAAUGUUAAACUCCUUCUGAGUACUUUCUACCUUAGAAAACCCUCAAAAGAGUCACCAUAAGUCAGAAUUGCCUUGAUGGCACACAAUUACUAUUAACAAACUGGAAACUAAUGUUGCUUACAGAUGAUCUAUUUUAGUAAAAAAGCAGCGAUUUCUAAAUGGCUCAUUUGUAGCACAAGUUGCUUGUCUAAACCCUUUUUACCAUGGGAAGUAAAGCGUUCUUUGAGAAUACAAAUGGUUCUUUGUUGGUAUUCUAGAUUCAAAUUGAAAUAAUACUAUUUUCGAUAUGUAUGAUUAUAUUUAUAGCUAAAAAAGAGCACUUUUUGUGAUAUAUGAAUUUAUGAAAUCUCUAGAAACAUUUAGCUAAGACAUUCCCCAUUUUAAAGUGGAAAACCGAUUUUUUCAUGUGUGAAGUAAAUGUGGUAUUUUCAGCCUUCUAGCAGAAAAAAACAUUUUGUUGUCAAAGUUGUGUUCUUGUUCUCUUGUUGAGCCUUAAAUUAUUAAAACAUGGAUUUUUCCUUAAUAAACACAGCUGUUACUGCAUCAUAUUUCUAGUAAUCCAGUGCUGUACUUUUUAUCCCAGGAAACAAAAAUCUUUGAGUUUGUUACUGUUAAUCUUUAAAAAAACAACAACAAUUUUUUUUUUAAAAAAUGCGGCAUUCUUAAAUGGGUGUGAUCCAAGUGCACAACAGAUCAAAAGGAGUAAACAAAGCAUACAGACAUACUCAGGAUCUAUGAAGCCUUUUGGAUUUGCACUCUCCUUUCUAGGUUGCACAAUUCAUAGAUGCCAUUUGUAUCUAUGCUUGUUGGCUCACUGUUUUACUAUAUCUCAGCAACCAAUAUUUCUAGAAGAAUUUGAUGCAGCUUAAAUAAGGUUCUUUUGAUUUCUGCACUAUUUGGGAAGAGAGAGACCUUCAGAAUGACUUAAAGCUUUAUUUAAAAACAGUAUGAUGGACUGCAUUGAUGUUCCUGAAUGAUACGUGAAUGACAAAACUACCUUCAUCAAACUUAGCGCUCCCAUUGUACAAAUACAAUAAUGGAGGCUGCAGUAAAAUCACCUGAAUUACAAAAUCAGAGAUCCAUUCCCAUCAUUUUUGUUGACCCAGCUCUACAAGUUUUAUUGUGUUUGUCUCUGUCUCGCUGCAUUUCCCCUCUUCGUUUUGGUGAACUGCUGUGACAUCGUGAUUGGAGAUUUCAGUUUUUCCUGAAGUACAGUGGUGUGACCCCUGGAAGAGGUUCAGCACUCAAGGGGCUGCAUGAGAAGUCACAUCUUUUGUGUCUGCGUGCAUAUCUGCACAUUUUAUGAAGUUUUUAACAGGUCAACUAUUUUUUUAAGAAAUAUUUACAUCUUCUGUAUAACUUAUGGUUUUGUAUAUUCUGUAUUUACUGCCCAAAUUUCUGAAAAAUGUUUAUUUUUAAUGUAUAUUUAUGCAAAAAAGAAAGACAACAUAAUUUGUGUUGAUUCUCUCUGGAGAAAGUUUCACAUAAUUUGCUGCUCAGGCUGUUUUGUUAAGUCACAAACUCAGCAGCCAAUACUACUGGAUUCAACCACAAUCUAGUUAUAUUUUAUACCUCGCAGCUUCAGCAAAACAUAUGGUCUGCAUAUGUGAAGAAAAUAUGUGAGUAUCAGGGAUAUUAGAAACAAGUAAGAUAUGAUAUACACAAUCCAUGGCUGCUUUCCGGAUGUCCUUAUGCUAACUGAAAACAGUGACAAAAUGGCAGUUUGAUGCUCUGUAUCAUGCAUAGCAUAUGCACAAGGGUAUAUUGAAAAGGCUUUGUGCCUAUUUUUUAUUCUUCAAAAUACAGAUGUCAUAUCAAAGUGGUAAUAAAUAUGCUAUUUAGCUGCCUAUAAACCCUAUACAUAUAUAUAAACACACAUACAGAACUGGCUUACUUGGAGCUUGGAGUAGGCAGAACCCAAGAGAACCUAAGGAAUGGGUUUUCACACCAAUAAAGUUCUUUGGGAGUGCCAAGAACAGCAGGCAACUUCACACUUGCAUUAGUGCCCUUUAUGCCCCUCAACACAUAUUAGGGAAGAUAUGAUGCUAUAGCUGCUUCAGGGUCUCCUGGUGUCACCCAUUAGCGGAUGAAAAUUAUUGGCUAUAUUGAUUAAUUGUACUAUGGUGCUUCUGACAGGAAUAAUGAAAGACCCCAGCAAAUAACAGCAACAAAAACAACAAUAAAAUAUACACCAUACAGUUGCCUGUUACCACAACAGACAAUUUAAAAAAAUAGGUGGAAAGACUUUUUAAAUAGAACUUUGAAUUCUCUACUUAAGUUGUCAUGCAUUUUGCAUCUUAGCAACAGUGACUAACAUUACAUAACCUUCAGUAUAAUUGUGUGGCAUAUUGAUAAGCCUGCUGACAGAAGGGUAUGGAAACCUACUGUGAGAGGCCCAUCAUUUUGGGGAUGGGUAGCACUAAUCUGAACAUUCUCUUUGUUUUUUUUUCACACAUUAGUUUGCUUGAAGAGGCUGAGAAACUGAAGAUUAGCCACCUGGGUGGUCCACUUGUAGAGUUAUAUUUGUUCAAACAUGCAGAUCCUCGUGAUGUUUCCAGCAAGUGUGUGAACCAGCUCUUAAGCCUUCUCUAAUGGUCAGAUUCAGCUUGCAGUUUUCAUUGCUAGUAAUGGACUGGGGAGGGGCAGGGAAGAAUGUAAGCACAAAACUGUAAGAGCCUGUGGGAAGAGCAGAAGCUGGAGGAAGCAAAUAGAGAAACAAUAUGAAAAUAAAACACUCAUGGCUGAACUUAAAUUGAUAUAUUUUUUUAAAGAAUAAGCAAGGAUCACCCAUGAGGACCAGAAAUUAACAAUUUUAUUUUCCACAGCAUUAUGUCAGGGGGCGUUGGCUCCUCCAGACUUGACUGUGUGGGCCUGGACAUUCCUAAAGGAACAAAUAAUGGUCGUAUAGAUUCAUAGUGGAAGUCAUAUACUGUAGAUGGUCUGCUGCACAUCUGUAGAAAGGAAGAGACAAGACUAUGAUGUGAAGAUGUGUAGAGGUCUCAGCCUUUUCCCUGCAAGACAGGAUAAUUGCAGGCAAUUUACUAGCAGGGACGAUCCCUUAGGGAUUAGGAGGGAAGUCUUAAUUUAGCUGGGAAGCGAAACAAUCAUACCAGCCUUUCCUAUUGCAUCUGAAAGGGAAAGGUUACUGGACUAAUGUUUUCAUCAUUCACUCACAGGAUUGAGUGGGCUAUCAGUUUGGAAGCGUUACAGGUAAUUUAAACCAAUGCUUUCUGUGUACGCCAGUGAACAAAAGUAUUCAUGUUUGUAAAUACAGUUUUGAAAUACCAAAAAUUACCUUUUGAGCCUUCCAAACAAAUACAUUUCCAGGUCUGCGAGAGAGAGAGAAUGAGAAAAGCACUGAAGCUCUGUUCGCACACUAGGAAUCCAAGUAGGAAACUACGUGAGCAGAAGAAGCAAUCAGUUGUCCUUCACAGACCAACCUUCUGAAGAUAGUCAAUUUCCUAAUCUGUGAACAAUCCAUGCAGUCAGGAAUGCUAAAGAAUCAGCAUUAUGAUUCAUAUAGAGUGUUCCCAAAUAAGGAAAUGUGUCAUCUUCAGAAGGUCACUCUCCUUAUAUGGAGGCAGACCAGAAACUGGAAUAGUACGGGUCAGGCUAGUACCUGUCUGCUCAUGCAGUUACCCAGUUGGAUUCCUUAUAGGACUACACAUCCACCACAUUCUUUCCCCCCCCCCAAAUUCUGUCUCUCUCACACACUGGCAUUGCCCCCCAUGCUGCAAUUAAGUGUUGUAAGGCACAAACAAAUCCAGGAUUUUAGUUCAACUGGAGAGGCUCUGCUUAUGGUGCUGACAAGUGUGGUGCACAAGGUAGCAGUACAUGACAGGCUUUUCUUGGUGGUGGCAUCUUGGAUAUGAAGAUUUCUUAUAGUGGAGAUUUUGUCCCCCCCCCCUGCCUCCUCCCAUCUAUUUUUAUUUAGGUUGCAUUUGCAGCAUUCCUGGACCAUGUAAACUUGCUUUUCAGGGACAGGGAGUGUUCCCUUUGCUUGGUUGGUUAGCCUUGGUGAGGAAAUGCUCUUCUCUGGAUUAAACAAAAAGGUUUUACUUUCUCUCUUAAUUAACAGAUUUUAAAAAUACCAAUUCCCUACUUUGUUACAAAACAAUUUCUCCUGAAUUCCCCAGAACAGCCACACAUAGCAUUAACUUUGAAACUGUUUCCAUAAAUUUUCAUUUAAUCCACUAUUACUGCAGUUUGGAAGGAAGGCGCCAAGGAAGGAACUCUUACAAAAGCCAGUUCGUGUUAAUUUGUUGACAUUUAUUCGAUAAUGUAAAGGUACACAUUACCUUUACUACCCUAUGUAUACUUACUAAGAAGGAGGUGUGUGUGUGGGGGGGUGACUUCCAGAUAAGGGUUGGAUUGCAGCCUUGGAACAUUAUCCUCAGUUUAGCUACACAGAAGUGAGCCUCACUGAGUUAUGACCAGGUAAAUUUCUAAAUGGCUCUUACAAGUCUUGAGAAACAGUGAUCCUGAGUACCGAUCCUGUACUCAUAGGACACCUUCCUUCUCCCCUCCCCUGGCCCUCCUCUUAUGCAGUUAACAGCCUGAUAAGUAGAAUAUAGGUAGUGGAAGAUUUAUUUAUUUUAUUUAUUUUGGCAAGGACAUCAAAAGCAGUACAAGCUUCUGCUGCUUUUCUGUAUGCCAAGCUGCUUUAAAAGGCACAAGAGCAGAAAGUGGAACAAGCAGGCAAUAUUAUGUACUAAUGAAAAACAUGGUUUUUAAUUUGACACAAAAAUAUUAUCUCAUUUUACUUUUUAUGUUAAUAAUGAUAUCUGAAACAGUAUAUUGCUUGUACUUUUCCUGUCCUUUGUCAUUGUCUCUUGAUUUAAUAAACAUGUCUCU